AUGAGUUGGCUUGAUAAAAUGGCUUCGCAAGCAGGUGUCCUCGAAGAAGAGGAAGAGGAAGAAGAAGAAAUCGAACAGGAAAAUCCUGUUUCAGAGCCAGUUUCAGAAGAAAAGCAAAUCGAAAAUGCUGUUCCGCCAGUGGAAAAUCCACCACCUGAAGAAAAAGCGCCAGAAAAGAAGACACAAAAUCAUUAUUUUACUGGAAAAUCUACAAAACACAACGUAAAUUUUGUCAGAAAACUUAAAAAGGUACAAAUAGAGCAAGACAAAGCAUACGAAACAGCAUUGCAGAAAUGUAGUCUAAAUAUAACAAGUGCUUACGAUUAUGCACAAAAUCCACUUAAAUAUAGCGGCAAAAUUAUUAGUAACUCCAAAAACGCAAAGGGAGCAUAUUCAGAGCUAUCUAAAUCAAUUUUAGCUCUUGAUUGGCCUUACAUUCACCAUUGA